AUGGAUUGGCUGAGAGAGCUGGUUCCUUCUCCACCUCUGGAACGGAUUAUGGAGUUUUCGGAUUGGAAAGCAAGCUUCUUUGAGCUCAGGUUAAGGCUCUUCCUAGGCCAUGGGUAUCCCUACGAAGACUUGCUAAGCCAAUAUCAUAACCACACCGGAGUUGUGAUGUGCUCGUAUCUCCCGUUUUUCAAAACAAUUAGGCAAGCAAAGGGGCAUCUACAACCCUUAGAAUAUGUAGCAAAUUCUGCUUUCUUAGCCGCUCUAUACUGUGACUACCUCGAUGCUUCUGAUACUCCUGGAUGGUACUGUGGUCCUGAUUUCUACAGUACCAAGGCGUUACAAGAAUUAUCCCGCUCACAGAAACCCACGCAACAUGAGCUAUGUCGUGGGUUUCGGGGACAGGUUUCCAACGAGAGUCCAUCACCGAGGAGCUUCAUUCCAGCCCAUAAGAAGGUGACUUGCAAAGGUGGCUGGAAAUGGAACAACUCCAACAAUCAGAACCCCAACACAAUCCACAGAGAAUUGGUCUCUGCAACGGACAAGGACGAUGGCUUCGAGAAUGUCAGGGCAAGCGCCAAUUACACUGAGCCCAGUGUAGUUUGCCACGCGCGUCUUGUAGCGGCUCUGGUUUCCCUGGGCGAAGGAGGGUCCUUGGACAGGAACAGGAUCUUCUCAGUGGUUCAGUCAUGA